GCUAUUACUGACCUUAACAAAAAUGUCUGACUCUGCGUUUUAGCUAGUUCUGAAAGGCAAUCAGCUGACACUCUGGGCUGAGUCCAUGUUCCGGUUUCCAGUGCGAUUGAUAUCCUGCAAGGAUUUGUCACCGUAGAAUGUUACCUGUACUUGUCGGAGCCGGGAGUUAGGGGUGAAGAUUACGUGUGUGGGUUGCUGGGGCUUUACAUCGUGUGUGACUGAGCUGAUCAGAUUGUGAUCCAGUUAGAAGAUGAGCCCUACACAGUGGGACUUUCCUGUGGAGCUAUGCUGCCGCCCAAUGGCCUUUGUGACCCUUACAGGUUUAGAUGUAACUUUUAAUGCAGUUCACCGAGCUAUCUGGGAUGCCUUUUGUGCCAACCGAAGGGCAGAUCGUGUACCUAUCUCCUUCAAGGUUCUACCUGGUGAUCACGAGUAUCCAAAAUGCAGAACAAAGAGAACGUCUUACGAAUGGUACAUCCCAAAGGGAAUUCUAAAGACAGGCUGGAUGAACAAGCAUCUAAACCUGGUGCCUGCAUUGGUCGUGGUGUUUUAUGAACUUGACUGGGAUGAGGCCCAAUGGAAAGAGAAACAGUCGGAAUGUGCAACCAGAGUUGAAAUUGUCAGGCAGAGUUUGCAGGGGAGAAACACAAAGGUUGCUGUGGUUUUAAUUCAGAAAAAGACCCCUUUACCACCAGGGGAAGACAUGAUUGCUUCAGAAAGGGCUGCCGCUUUGUGCAAUGCCUGUGACCUGUCUGGCAAAUCCCUGUUUGUACUGCCACACACUGACCAUCUUGUGGGCUACAUAAUUAGAUUAGAGAAUGCAUUUUAUGAACAUGCACAAACCUAUUACUAUACAGAAAUCCGAAGAGUAAAAUCACACAAAGAGUUUCUGAAUAAAACCACCCACCAACUGCUGUUUGUAAGACAUCAGUUCAAAAUUGCAUUCUUCAGUGAGCUGAAACAAGAUACACAGAAUGCCUUGAAAAACUACAGGACAGCCUACAAUCUGGUUCAUGAACUCAGGUCUCAUGAAACAAAUAUGCUGGAGAUAAAAACCAUGGCUGGGUUUAUAAACUACAAGAUAUGCCGCCUGUGUUUCCAGCACAACACCCCACUUGAUGCCAUUGCACAGUUCAGAAAGCACAUUGAUUUAUGUAAAAAGAAAAUUGGUAGUGCUGAGCUGUCAUUUGAGCACGCAGCCUGGAUGUCUAAACAGUUUCAGGCCUUUGGAGAUCUAUUUGAUGAAGCUAUAAAGCUGGGCCUGACUGCGAUUCAGACACAGAAUCCUGGUUUUUACUAUCAGCAGGCAGCUUACUAUGCACAGGAGCGCAAGCAGCUUGCUGGCCACUUGUGUAAUCAUGAGGCUUCUGUUGCAUAUCCAAGUCCCGAUCCGCUUGAGACCGUCAAUGGAGUUCUUGACUUCUAUGGACAGAGGGCCUGGCGGCAGGGCAUCCUAAGUUUUGAUCUGUCAGAUCCAGAAAAAGAGAAGGCUGGGAUUCUUGCACUUCAGUUGAAAGAAAUUGAAGUCAUUCAUUCGGAGCUCAUUAUUAGCCUUUUGAGUAAUGCUGUGGCACAGUUCAAGAAAUACAAGUGUCCCAGGAUGAAGAGUCACCUGAUGGUUCAGAUGGGAGAAGAGUAUUACCAUGCUAAAGACUACACCAAAGCACUAAAGCUGCUGGACUACGUUAUGUGUGAUUAUCGAAGUGAGAGAUGGUGGACGCUGCUCACUUCUAUUCUGACAACCGCCCUUAAAUGUGCAUAUCUCAUGGCACAGCUGAAAGAUUAUAUUACCUAUUCCCUGGAGCUGCUCGGAAGAGCAUCAACCCUGAAAGAAGACCAGAAGUCAAGAAUUGAGAAGAACCUAAUUAAGGUGUUAAUGAAUGAAAGUCCUGACCCUGAGCCAGAGUGCGAUGUCACCAUGGUGAAGACGGCACAAAGACUGUGGGCAGACAGGGUUUCCUUGGCAGGAAGCAACCUGUUUACCAUUGAGGUGCAAGAAUUUGUACCUUUUGUGCAAUGCAAGGCAAAGUUUCUGUCUCCGACCUUUCAUGUUGAUUCUCCUGUUGAGUUGCAUGUGUAUCUGAGGACAGACUGCCCCCAUCCAAUCCGCUUCUCCAAACUUUGUAUUGGCUUCAGCAACCAGGAGUACAAUCAGUUCUGUGUGGUGGAAGAGCAAUACCAUGCCAGCGAAAUCCUGGAGCAGUCAACACAGGGGACUAUGUGCCUGGUACCUGGAAAAACAAGAAAAUUCACAUUUAAGUUUGUUGCAAAAACAGAAGAUGUGGGCAAGAAAAUUGAGAUUUCUUCGGUGGAUUUGAUCCUGGGUGGCGAUGCAGGACGGUGUGUGAUUUUAAAUUGGAGAGGUGGUGGAGGAGACGCAGCUUCUUCCCAGGAAGCUGUACAAGCAUCUCGUUCCUUCAAACGUAGGCCUAAGCUACCUGAAAAUGAAGUACACUGGGACAGCGUUGCAAUCCAAGCUAGCACCAUGAUUGUUUCUAGAGUUCCUAAAAUUUCCGUGCAGUUGCACCAUGAACCUCCAGCACUGAACAAUGAGAUGUAUUGCUUAAAGAUCACUAUACAGUCUCAAGAAACCACCGUCAUAAGGGAUGUGAAGAUUACUGCAGGGCUGAAACCAGGGCAGGAUGCCAACCUGACACAGAAGACUUUGGUUAGCCUCAAUGGGGCGGAACUGUGUGAUGACUCCAGCCCUGCCCUGCUGACUGAUAUCCCUGUUGGAGAUCUUCAGCCUGGAGGAAAGAUUGAGAUGCCUUUGUACAUUUGCUGUGGAACAGAGGGCACACGCAUAUUUCUGGUUUAUGUUUCAUACCUGAUAGAGACAUUUGUUGAAGACAGACAGAUUAUCUGCAAGUGUCACAAAGAUGAAACUGUGACAAUUGAAACUGUAUUUCCAUUUGAAGUUGCUGUAAAAUUUGUUUCUAUAAAGUUUGAACAUUUAGACCGUGUAUAUACAGACAUCCCAUUCUUACUAAUGACUGAUAUCCUGAGUACAUCGCCUUGGGCCCUUACUAUUAAAUCAAGUCAGCUCCAGUUGGCAUCUUCCAUCACUUCUGCAGACCAGCUGGAAUCCCAUGUAGAAAACAUUGUUUUGCAGACAGGGGAGAGCGCUAGUGAAUGUUUUUGCCUUCAGUGCCCUCCUGUAGUAAGUAAUCAGACUGGAGUGGCCACAGGAUGCUAUGUUAUUUCUUGGAAAAGGAGCUCAGCUGAUAACAGUGUUCCUGUUGUCAACACAAUGAUAACAUUACCGCAUGUGAUGGUUGAAACCAUCCCUCUCCAUAUUCGAGCAGAUUUGCCAUCUUUUGGGCGAGUAAGGGAAUCCCUCCCUGUAAAGUAUCAUCUACAAAAUAAGACCAGCCUUGUGCAGGACAUAGAAAUUGCUGUGGAGCCAAGUGAUGCUUUCAUGUUUUCUGGACUCAAAAUGAUCCGACUGCAGAUCCUUCCAGGCACUGAGCAGGAGAUGUUGUAUAACUUUUACCCCCUAAUGGCUGGAUAUCAGCAGUUGCCAUCUCUGAACAUCAACUUACUGAGGUUCCCCAAUUUCACCAGCCAUCUGCUAAAGCGCUUCUUACCAACACAUAUAUUUGUAAAGCCACAAGGGCGGCAAGCUGAAGAGGACUCCAUUGAAGCUGCCUAAGGAGGUCCUGGUUGUUCACCAGUUUUUAGCCUACAUGGGCCGUACAGUUAAACUGGUCUGGUCUGAUGAAGGAAGCAUAUUGUAACUGGAUCCUUAAUAUGGCAAGGAAAAAGAUACAUUGUGGCAAGGAGAAAGAUAUAUUAAAUGCACACUAAACAUAAAGCUGUGAAAGCCUUACCUGUGUCAUUGACAUUUAGCAGCUGUUACAAAAAGACAUUAAUUAAAACCUAAAGCCACUGUAUAGUGCAGUACAGUACUGGAACAUUCAAGAGCACAUUUAAAAAUGCUGGAUCAUCCGGACCCUAAAAGCAUGUGAGAGUUCCCAAACUCUGUGAUGGUUUCUUUAUUCGAAUAGCAAGCUUAGUGCAAAUCACAUUUUUCUUCCCCCCCAUAAAUAAAAUUAAAUAUCUCGGCACCUAAAACCUGCUGAGCUUUAUAAUUUUUUUUGUUGGAGAAAAGAAAAGCACGAUUUGCACAAAGCUUGCUAUUUAGAUGGAGAUGGUUUUGGGAUCCAAAUGCUUGAGCCCGAAGGCUUGAGUAUUGUAAGAAACAGUAACACCAAAAUAUGAAAAUGCAUAACAGUAAUUACCCUGCACUGGUACAACUGGUGUGUUUGCCUCAAAAAGGCUAGUAUAGUUUAUAUAAACAAAGCUGCUAUGUAGCCAUGGGGGUAGCCAUUAUAAGGAGAAAAGGCACAGGCACAUAGCAGAUAACGGAUAAAGCCCCAUUAUAUUCUACAGAGCUUAUCUGUUAUGUGCUAUGUAACCUGUGCCUUUUCUUCAGCUUGAAUGGCUGGCUCUCAUGGCUACGACACACCAGUUUUACCAGUGCAGGGCAACAGUAUAUUAUAAUUUAAUUACUUUAAAACACUUUAAUUUUUUGUGUUACUGUUCCUUUAAUGAGUUGAUAAGUAAAUCAGCAUGCAUUUGGGAGAAAUACUUCCCAAUAUUCGUGAUUAAGUUUCAAUUUGGAUCAUAUAGCUCCUGGAUGUUUUUUUUUCCCAUUUACUGCUGGGUUUGUAGUACAGGUAUGGGAUCCAUUAUCAGAAAAACCCAUUAUCCAGAAAUUCCAAAUUACUGAAAGACCAUCUCCCAUAGAUUUCAUUAAAAGGAAAUUUUUACAAAAUUAUUCCCUUUUCUCUGUAAAAAUAAAACAGUACCUUGUACUUGAUCCCAACUAAGAUAUAAUUAUGGGAGGCAAAGCAAUCCUAUUGGGUUUAAUUCAUGUUUAAAUGUUUUUUAGACUUAUGAUAUGAAAGUCCAACUAUGGAAAGAUCCCUUACCUGGAAACCCCCAGGUCCUGAGAAUUUUAGAUAAUGGGUCCCAUACCUGUAUAAAAAAAUAACCUGUGUGUAUUUAAGUUUAUUGUGGCUGUGUGCAUUAUCAGAAGUCAUUUAGUAUAAGGUUAAGUUAAAGAUGGGUUAUGCGUCACAAUAAUGCUUUGUAAAUAAUUGUUUCAUGUAAAGUAGACUUACUAAAUUCAUUGUCUUAUUUCUAUAAAGAAACCAAAUAAAACUUCUCAUUUCUGUCUUCUCA